GCUAUUUAAGGGCUGCGCGCCGAGAACGGAGCGUCAUUUGGUUUCGCUUGUGAACCAAGUUCUUUACUACACUACUCUCAAUCAUCAUGUCUGGACGCGGCAAAGGCGGUGGCAAGGUCAAGGGCAAGUCAAAGACCCGCUCCAACAGGGCCGGACUCCAGUUCCCCGUGGGCCGCAUCCACCGACUGCUGAGGAAGGGCAACUACGCAGAGCGCGUGGGAGCCGGUGCGCCGGUCUACCUGGCCGCCGUGAUGGAGUACUUGGCCGCUGAGGUGCUCGAGUUGGCCGGCAACGCCGCCCGCGACAACAAGAAGACGAGGAUCAUCCCCCGGCACCUCCAGCUGGCCAUCCGCAACGACGAGGAGCUGAACAAGCUCCUCUCCGGAGUCACGAUCGCCCAGGGUGGUGUGCUGCCCAACAUCCAGGCGGUUCUUUUGCCCAAGAAGACUGAGAAGAGCUCAUAAGUUCUUUCUUUUUUUGCUCGAACCUUACAAACAAUCGGCCCUUUUCAGGGCCAACAGAUUAUUAUAACGUACGCAAUGAACUGUACAUAUAUUG